AUGUCUCGUUUCCGAGGUUGUCUUAUUGGGGCCCUCGUUGGAGAUUGUUUUGGCAAACCGUUCGAAGAAACUGGAAAAACUACUAUUGAAUCAGUGAAGAAGUUUGUUGAUAAUGUAGAAGCUGAGAAAAGCAAGAAGAAUGCCAAAAUACUCCAUUAUACAGAUGACACUGAAAUGCGGCUGAGUGUUGAAGCCUCCCUUCUUAAACAUAAAGGGUUUGAUGCACAAGACAUGGCCAAACGAUUUGCAAAGGAAUACUUUGCUAGUAAAAUUUAUCGGAAUUAUGGUGGACAUGUCACCAAAAUAUUUUCUGAUUGGUCUUCAAAACACUUGGAAGAUGUUUUUCUGCCAGCCAGGCAGCAGUUUAAUGGAGCAGGUUCUUAUGGAAACGGAGGAGGGAUGCGAAUUGCCCCAGCUGCCUUGUUUAUGUAUAAUGAAAAUUCACAAAAGUUGAAGGAACUCACUGACAAGAUUACUCAAUUGACUCAUACACAUAACUUGGGUAUUCUGGGUGCAUAUCUACAGGCACAAGCAAUUCACUUGGUCUUGAACACAACAGAAAGUCCAUUUCCUACAGAAAGAUUUCUGGAUAAAUUGAUUGAGACUAUGAUUUAUUAUGAAGAGGAAGCUUUUGGAAAAUCAUAUUCUCAAAAACACCAGAAGUUAAAAGUUAUCAAAGAAUUUCUUGAUGAGCCUGAUGUUGACAAGAGGAAAAUUAUUCAUAAGCUAGGAAAUAAUGUAACUGCUUUAGGCUCUGUUCCAACCAGUAUUUACUCAUUCCUUCGAGCUUUGUCAGAUAUUGAUGGACUGAAGGAACGAAAUGCCUUUGAGCGCACUGUCAUAUAUGCAAUAUCUUUAGGAGGAGAUACAGAUACAAUAGCCACAAUGGCAGGUGCUAUUGCUGGAGCAUAUUGGGGUGAAGAGGCCAUCCCCAUAACAUGGCAGCAGAACUGUGAAGGGCUGGCUCUUACACAAAAGCAUGCAUCUAGCCUUUAUGAAUAUGCAAAUAAAUAG